AAUGACUGAUAAAUAAUAUGAAUAUUAGAGCCUAUUUGGUAUACAUCAAUUCUGAUAUAUCUAAUAGAUUACAAAUAUGAGAAUGUAAAUCCAAAAGGAAGCUAUGUAUAACGAUUCCAAUCUAAAAAUAGAAAAAUAACUUCAAAUCGACCAGAUUAUGAAUUACCUAAUAAUUCAAUUCAAACCAGUAAAUAUACAAUACUCAACUUCAUUCCUAAACAACUUUUUGAAUAAUUCUCUAAAUUAGCAAAUAUUUACUUUGUUGUAAUAAUAAUAUGCAAAUAAAUAGAUUAUUGGGGCACUUUAAAUGAUUCCAGAAGUUUCAAUCAGUUCAGGAGUUCCUACAAUUUAUCUUCCAUUAGGCUUCAUUAUUCUGAUUAGUGGAGCCAAGGAUUUCUAUGAAGAUUACAAACGUCGUAAAUCUGAUAAUGAAGAAAAUAGAUAACCUAUUAUGACUUAUGAUGGUUAUAAAUUUGAGAGCAUUCCUUCAAGUUCACUUUAUGUAGGUUAAAUUAUCAAAGUUCAUCAAGAUGAAGUUGUACCUGCUGAUAUAUUGAUACUGAGAAGUAGUGAAUAGAAGGGAAUCUGCUAUGUUGAAACUAAAUCUCUUGAUGGAGAAACUAAUCUUAAAUAAAAGAAUGUACAUAUAGAUCUAUUAUAAACUUUCAUCUCAGAUGAUUGCUUUGGUUAAGAAGAUAAGAGAAUUGUUUUAAAAUACUAAGCUCCUACAACCUAUCUCUAUUAAUUCAUUGGAGAAACCACUACAAUACAAUCAAAAGUUUCUGCUAUGAAUUUCAAUAAUUUCAUGCUUAGAGGAUGUAAUUUGAGAAAUGUUAAGUAUGUCUUUGGAUUAGUAACAUACACUGGAAGAGAUACCAAAAUUAUUAUGAAUUCAACUAAAGCUAGAUCAAAAAGAAGUAAGUUGGAAACCUAAAUGCAGAAAUUCAUACUCAUUAUUUUUAUCACUCAAUUGAUGUUGUGUAUUAUUGGAUCCAUUGUUUAUGCUAUCUCGUUUUAUAAUAAAAGAAGUUUUUUAAGUUAUUUAGAUAUACAAACAUCUGAUGAUGAAUAUAACAUAGCAUAUAACUUUUUUGUUAGAUUCGGUAAUUGGAUUCUCAUCUUUACUAAUUUUGUUCCUAUUUCACUCUUAGUUACCUUAGAAAUGGUUAAAUUUGUAUAAGGCAAAUUUAUAACUUUGGAUGAAAAAUUAAAUUAACCAAAAGUAUAAUCUUCAAAUCUGAAUGAAGAGUUAGGCUAGAUUGAACAUAUAUUUUCGGACAAAACUGGUACACUGACGUGUAAUAUAAUGGAAUUUAAAUAAAUAAUUAUGUAUGAAAUUAAAUAAAUCUAAUAAGAGGCAAUUAAAAUUAUGGAGAUGUAAAGGAAAAUUAAGAGAAUUACAUAAAUAACGCAGAAAUACUAAGUUAUCCACAAGUAACAAAUGUAGAUUUUCGAGAUAGAAAGCUAAUAGAGGCAUUAAAAGAUGAGAAUCAAUAGAUGCACAAAUAAGUGAAAGAUUGUUUAGUUAUGCUUAGUAUUUGCCAUACAGUAAUAGCUGAUGUGAAAGAUAAUAAAUUAAUUUAUAAUGCAACAUCUCCAGAUGAAUUGGCAUUGCUGAAUUUUGCAAGAUUUGUAGGAUGUGAAUUUUUGGGUACAGAUGAGAAUGGAAUAAAGAGAGUGAAAUUAAAGGAUGAGAUAUUGGAAUUUUAACUAUUGGAGAUAUUUGAGUUUAGUUCUCAGAGAAAGAGAUAAUCAAUAUUGGUAUAGAUAGUGAAAUCAAGGGAAAUAAUAUUAUAUUCAAAAGGUGCUGAUUCAAUAUUGUUAUCAGAGACAAAAUUGUCAGAGAAGGAAUUGUAGAGUGAAGAUUAUCAUAAUUUAGAAGAGAAAUUAGAAGAAUAUGGGAAGAUAGGUUUAAGAACAUUAGUUUUAUGCAAAAGAUUAUUAGAUAUAUAAACAUAUUAGGAAUGGAAUAAGAGAUAUUAAGAAGCAGCAUAGAGUUUGGAGAAUAGAGAGGAGAGAAUGUAAACAUUAUAAGAUGAAUUAGAGAAGAAUUAUGAAAUAUUAGGUGCAACAGCAAUAGAAGAUAAAUUGUAAUAGAAUGUAGCAGAGACAAUAGCAGCAAUAAAGUAAGCAGGAAUAAAAGUAUGGGUAUUAACAGGUGAUAAGAUAGAGACAGCAAUAAAUAUCGGAUAUUCUUGUGAGUUAUUAACAAAUGAUUUAGUUUAACAUGUAGUAGAUGAGAAGAUGGAAUCAUUAGUAAUAGAGAAAUUAACGGAGACAAUAGGUUUGAUAAGUAAAUAGCCAAAUGAUUAACAUGCAUUGAUAAUAUCAGGAGAUGCAUUACUUCAUUCAUUAAAACCGCAUAUAAGAAAGAAGAUGAUAUAGAUAGGGGAAUCAUGUAAUGUAGUAUUAUGUUGUCGUGUAAGUCCGAAAUAGAAAUAGGACGUAGUAACAUUGAUAAGAAAUUAAUAAAAGAAUGUGUGUACUUUGGCAAUAGGAGAUGGUGCAAAUGAUGUUAAUAUGAUAACAGCUGCUCAUGUAGGCGUAGGUAUUAGAGGAGUGGAAGGAUAACAAGCAUCAAGAGCAGCUGAUUAUAGUGUAUAGGAGUUUUAAGAAUUGAGAAGAUUGUUAUUUUAUCAUGGGAGAGAAUGUUAUAGAAGGAAUAGUAGUUUGGUAUUUUAUACAUUCUAUAAAAACAUAUUGGUUGUGCUACCUUAAUUUUGGUAUGGAAUAUUAUCAAUGUAUUCAGCAUAGUCUUUAUAUGACACUUUCAUAUAUCAAUUAUUUAAUAUAUUAUAUGGUGCAUUACCUAUUAUGAUUUAUGGAGUAUUUGAUGAAGAACAUGAAGCAGAUGUUCUAACUGAGAAUACCUAAUUUAAUUAUUAUGAAUAAGGACCAUAAGGUAAGUUAUUUAAUCUUAAAAUAUUUCUGUUUUGGGUAUUUUAAGGCUUGUGGUAGACAUCUGUAAUCUGUUUUUUUCCUACCUUUUGUAUUUCAGCCAAUUUCAUAGACGAUCAUGGAUAUAUGUAACAUUUGUGGGCUUAAGGCACUAUGAUAUUUGGAUUGGUUAUUGUAGUAUGCAAUCUAAAAGUACUUAUAUUCUCAAAUGUUUACACUCCAGCUUUGCUUGUAUACAUUCUCAUCUAUCUUAGGGAAGUAUAGCAUUUAGUAUGAUUUCGUAUUUGAUCUCCUGGAUCAUUUUAGAUAAUAUCAGUUAAGCUGAAGCAUAUGUUGUUUUAGAAAGGUAUUUGUUAUAUUUAUAUUAUUAUUUAAGUUUAUUUGCUACUCCUAAUUUCCAUCUUGGGAAUAUACUAGUAAUUGUUACUAUAGGAACUAUUGAUUCUGCUAUUAAUUUAAAACUUAAAAAAAUGAUGAUUGCAUCCAAAAAGAAAAAUCUACCACUCUUUCAUGAACCAAAUAAAAAUAAUUAAGUUGUCAAAGUCAUUAAUAGAGCUAAUACUGGCUUUGCCUUCAAUUAUUUAGAUGUCGAUGAACUUGAAAAUCAAGAAAAAAUUGAAUUAUAUAAUCUAGAUAAUUAAGUUGUCCCUGAAAACUUCAAUCAUAACAUAUAUUGA